AUGCUCAUCUGUCAUGUCAAAGACUUGGCUCCUGUCCUCACAGAGGACACGUCAGAGGCUCCUGUCCUCACAGAGGACACGUCAGAGGCUCCCGUCCUCACAGAGGACACGUCAGAGGCUCCCGUCCUCACAGAGGACACGUCAGAGGCUCCCGUCCUCACAGAGGACACGUCAGAGGCUCCCGUCCUCACAGAGGACACGUCAGAGGCUCCCGUCCUCACAGAGGACACGUCAGAGGUUCCCGUCCUCACAGAGGACACCUUAGAGACUCCUGUCCUGAAAGAGGAGAUGGAGAAGUUAGCGCUUUAUUGA